UGUUUCAUUUCACGUGAGGAGUUCAUUCACAAUGCGUCUUAGCGCAGAUUUAGUCGCGGUUUUAGUUUUAGUCACCGCCCUCGUGUCUUCUGCGGGAUCUCGAGAAAUUUCGUCGUUUCUGAAGAUAUGUCACCGCAACGAUCCGAAUCUGAACGAGUGCGUAAGACGAAGCGUGGACUCGUUAAGACCGUAUUUGAAGACGGGUAUUGCGGAGCUGCACAUACCGUCAUGCGAGCCGCUUCACGUGCCGCGGAUCGAGAUCAAUCAAAUGUCCGGUCCGAUUUCCAUCGAGGCGGUGUACACCGACAUCGAGAUUCAAGGUGGAACGAAUUUCAUCUUGAAGAACAUUAAAAUUGACGUCGAUCGGAACCUCAUCAAAUUGAAACUGUACCUGCCGCGUCUCGAAAUGACCUCGCGAUACAACAUGCACGGGAAGAUCCUGAUGUUGCCUGUAAGAGGGAACGGGGAGGCGUGCGGAAAUUUCACAAACAUCGACGCUCUGGUCACCGUUCAGGCCGAGCGUUACGAGUCCCGAAAAACCGGCAAGACCCAUUUGCGCGUGACCGAAUUCUAUAUGGACUUCGAGGUUGGACACGCGAAUGUCAAGCUGAACGAUCUGUUCAACGGCGACGGCACUUUGUCCACCGCCUUGAAUCUGUUUCUGAACAACAACUGGAAGAUUGUGCUGGCCGAAAUCAAACCAGUUCUCGAAGAAACGGUUUCAGAACUCUUCAAGACGUUCGCGAACAAGAUCUACGCCAAGUUCCCACUGGACACGUUGCUGCCGCCGUGAAUACAUUGUGCGUGCUGUAUAUAUAUAAUUUUUUAUUUAUUUUUAUACUGGCGUUUGUUUUAUCUUAUGUCUAUUUUUUGUUUGUCUACGUGAAAGAAUUGAAUGAGAUACCGAUAAUAAAGAACUUGCCCGAGUCGAAAUUUAGCGUCUACAUCGAACCUUAAUUUUUGAGAAAAAAGGAAAUUUCGGACUUAUA